AUGACGAUGCUCCUCUACGUCUGCUCCAUUCCGCACGGCAGCGUCUCCUUCGUCAACUGUCUUUACCUGGCGGUCACGGCGCUCACAUGCACAGGCAUGGCACCUAUCAACCUCAGCACGCUCAAUACGGCGCAGCAAGUCCUCCUUGGCAUCAGCUUUUUCAUCGGCAGUGCGCCAACAGUCAGCCUGGCUGUGCUAGAGAUCCGCAUGCGGGCUUUCCAUACCGCAUUCGCGGCGAGAUCGAAGAAGAAGGGGAGUCAGGAGCAAGGCGGUACUGCUGGUCCAGAGUCCAGGCCUCUUGUGGCGGGCCAAGUUGGUGGCGAAUCUUUCCCUGGGAAUGAUAGCGAGCCGAUGAACCAUCCUACGCCUGAAGACACCGAGAAGCCGCUCCAGUCGUCCUCCUGGCGCCGUGCGCAGCAGUUUCUAAGCAAAAGAACGGUUGGCCGGAACUGCGCUUUUCAUGAUCUUACUCGAGAAGAGCAGAAGUCUCUGUUUACCGUCGAGAUUUUUGGUGCUAUUUCAGUCGCGGCCUAUCUCGCCGUGUAUAGGGCAGAUACGUGCCGAGAGAACGGUGCAAACCCAAUCUCACGCGAUGGUAGAUCCACAGGGAUAUUCAUCAGUGUUGCUGCCUUCAAUAAUGCCGGAAUGUCUCUGCUGGAUCAGAGCAUGCUGGCCGAUCUACCUCCGAAUGAUCAUAUCGCUUAUGGUUCGUUGUCUCUUUUACCUAAGACGCUUCACAACACGCUUCGAAGACAUACGAAACACGCUCAAAUAUACUCUCAAUUACCCCCGCCGUGUAUAUACCCAUAUGUUUCCAAUGAAGGAAACAUGUUGGUGGCCUUCGAAAUUUUCACCCAGCAUGAUGCCGAAGUGAUGGCAGUACCUAGGAUCGAUAGGAUCAUCGACGGCGUCUUCCAAGCAUUUUCCGUUCGCUGCAGUGGAUUUACCAUCGUCUCGAUCGGUGCCCUGAACAGCGGCCUCCAAUCACUCUACGUUGGGAUGAUGUAUGUGUCGGCCUACCCCAUCACCAUCGUGAUGCGGAAUUCAAAUGUCUACGAAGAGCGCUCUCUGGGUAUCUUCAGCGACAAUACGCCUCCUGUCAGAGGCGAUUCAAGCGGAGAAGAAGGCGACGCACCUCAUACUUCAUCUAAUUCGCGUGAGGACCGACUGUUUUUCGUCAAACAGCAGCCACCGUCCCAAACUACCCCCAUUGCCGCUAUGGCGACGCUAAAUUCAAGCUCCCCCACAGUCGAAGCAUUGCUCGGUUACGAUCUCUGGGCUCUCGUUGUCGCCAUGACCCUGAUUGCGUUCCUCGAGAACCAGAAAUACGAGCACGACCCGUUAGGCUAUUCCUUGUUCAACAUCAUCUUCGAGGUCUUCUCGGCCUACGCGACCAUCGGCCUGAGCAUCGGGACGCCCGGCCAGUACUACGCGCUGUCGGGCUCGUGGACCACGGUCAGCAAGGUCAUCGUCAUUGGCCUGAUGCUCCGCGGUCGACACCGCUCUCUGCCUGUCGAUAUUGAUCGCGCCGUGCAGCUUCCUGGCGAGGACGACGAUGGCCGUCACGAAGAGGAUGGUGAAGAGGAGCAGCAGCGGGUCCGUGAGCGCGAGGGCGACCGUGAGCAGGUGGAGAAAUGA